UUCAAGUGACAUUAAAAACAUUUCUUUUGGAGUGAAAAGUGGAAAAAAUAGAUUUUUUAAACGAGGUUACAAAAUGUCCUGUCCAUUUUCUGCAUUUCGAACUCGUCAACCCUCAGUGGCAUCCGAAGCACAUAAUUGGGCAAUCGAAGAAGAUUUCGGAGAAAAUGAUUCCUUGACUUUGAAACACCUCAAUGCUGCAAUUCAAUUGCUGACUGUACCAAGUAAUGAUGAUAUUUUGGCAGCUGUUCAAUCAUUGAAGGCUCACUAUGUUAAUAAAUGGCCUGUUUUAACCAAAAUUAAAUCGGACAAGGACAUUACAGUUUCGAUUUAUCCGCACUAUGACUUUCUGGCAGACAUUCAAGAGACUUUAUUACAGCACGAUGAAUCGGCUAGCACUGACAUUCUAAUACAACUUGGAAAGGAAUUGAUUUCUGUUUGUUGUACGGGAUUAAUUAAGUCAGCUUUUCAAUGCCUUGGCGCUGAUUUGCAGGAAUUCUUGGGAUCAUUGGAUGGUGUCUAUGACGUACUCAAAUUACAAGAAGAGGAUUUAAGUGAUACCGGUUUUGUUUGUGCUGGAGAGGGAGAAUUGAUUUUCAUCACAGAACGCCCGGUAAUUGCUUGGUUAUUAUUGGGCUCUCUACAGGCACUGUGUAAAACGUUGUAUGACGCAGAGCCAAAAAUCGAAAUGGAGCCAAUUGAUGCACAACAAUAUCGAUACUUGUUCACUGGAUGCGAAGAAGCGAAGUCGCCUCAACCGACAAUCCUUGAAAGGACUGCCUCACCUCUGAGUGCUGAUCUGAAAAUGACAAAUGCAACAUUUUGCAAAGCUUUUCCCUGGCAUUUCAUAAUGAACGAAGAAUUAGAGUUCUUGCAGUUGGGAAAAGGUUUCAGUCGAUUAUUCAAAAACUACAUACCGCAAUAUGGACGUAAUGCAGUCACUUAUUUCAAAUUUCGUCGUCCACGAAAUUUAGAGUUGAAAUUUAGUGAAAUUAUUCGACGUACCAAUACGACGUUUUUGUUGUCUGUUCGGUCUCCUCCAGGCUGCACUGAAUUUUUCGGAAAAGGAUUAGAAAUAAAAGGACAAAUGGUAUUUUGUCCCGAAAGUAACAGCUUGUUGUUCUUAGGAUCUCCAUUUUUAGAUGGAUUGGAGGGACUCACUGUAAAUGGAUUGUUCAUAUCUGAUAUUCCACUGCAUGAUGCGACAAGAGAAGUCAUUUUGGUUGGGGAGCAAUCACGCGCACAGGAUGGACUAAAGAGACGAAUGGAUAAACUUAAGUCAUCCAUUGAAGAAGCGAAUAUCGAAGUAAACAAAGAACGUCAAAAAAAUAUCGAAUUAUUGCAAUUAAUAUUCCCUGCGGACAUUGCCAAAAAGCUUUGGUUAGGAGACAACAUUGAUGCAAAACCGUAUUCCGAUGUCACAUUGCUUUUCAGUGACAUUGUGGGAUUCACAAGAAUAUGUUCAACUGCGACACCUCUGCAAGUUGUCACCAUGCUUGAGAAGUUAUAUCGACGUUUUGAUGAGUUUUGUGGAUUUUUCGACGUUUACAAAGUGGAAACGAUCGGAGAUGCUUAUUGUGUUGCAAGCGGUUUGGAACGACAAGGAGACUACGAAGCACAUCGUGUUGCUUGGAUGGCUUUGAGCAUGAUAAACGCUUGCAAAAAUUACAACACCCAUUUGGGUGAAGAUAUCCAAAUGAGAAUAGGCCUCCAUACAGGAACCGUUUUAGCAGGAGUUGUCGGUCGCAAGAUGCCACGCUAUUGUUUGUUUGGUCACAACGUAACGAUUGCCAAUAAAUUUGAGUCUGGUAGCGUUGCUUGCAAAGUCAACGUCAGUCCCACUACUAAAGAAUGGCUUACGAAGUAUCCUGGUUUCAACUUUCUUUUUACACCACGCAAUCCAGAAGAUUUGCCAAAAGAAUAUCAAUGCAAAGAUGGCGAAACUUGCUAUUUCCUAGAUGGAUACAAGCAUGAAGAAAUCGACGUCAAUAUGCCAUUACAAUUGCACAUCAGUCAAGCAAUGAAGACAAUUUCUGAUCGCGAGUAAUUCUAAUAAUCAAAUCACAAAAAAAUAUUUAAAUAUUGAUGGGAUAAUCCACAAGUGUAUGUGUAAGACGUUAGACCCAUCAUCAUAAUCGUCAUCAUCAAUAUCACACAAUGGUCUUAUUUUAGCCAUUUUUAUUUUAAUCCAGUCAUAGUGAAAUCCAACAUCAGUAUAAACUGUUGGUUGAUUAUGUUUUCCACAAGUUUCUAAUCCCCACGAUACCAGGCCAACAACUUUAUCUUCACACAUUAAAGCAGCUCCAGAAUCUCCAGUGCAAACACUCAUUGUUUUUGACUGCGACGCUGCACAGAACAUCCCAAUUUGUACCUUUCCUGUAAAUGGCGCCGUAUUGUUACAUGUUUUGGAUUUUACAAAUUUAACACUCGUAAUCUUUAUCGUUUCGGUGUGAUCACUAUGUUUUUUCGCACCCCAUCCGCUCAUUUGGCACUCUUCAUCUUUGUCUAGAUCUUUUAUAGUAUUUUUAUUG